UAUAACACAAGUCGAAAUCAAAAUGAAGGCAGAGGCUUUACUCGUUCUUCUCACAGUUUUUCCCGCCACGAUUCUAGGAGGCUGCGCAAAUGUCACUUCCUGCAGCUCAGACUUUUCAACGGAAGGCAGAGUGGACUGCCAGAAACUUGCCGAUUACAUCAGCUGUCUGAAGACUUCGGGGUGCGAUGAGGUCGCACAAAACAUCACCAGUCUCAGUCAGACUCGCGUCAGAGAAUGCGGCACAGAGAUACAUCGCACUGAGACUUCAGUAUUCUACCUCUUCUACAGAGGCUCUCUUAGUGAUGCCUCGGUAAAAAGCCACCAAAGUUGUUCCGCCCUGAAGCAGUGCACCAGCGACAGUAGCAGUGCAGGUCUGCUAGCCAAGCCUUGUACGACCUACAAGCCUGUGAUGUCUUGCUGGAAGAGAGCCCAGACAAGCUGCAGCCUGACGAAUCAACUGGUGUUCGCGAUGACCCAGGUGGAGGUCAUCCUCGACAUUCUGUGCAGUGAUCCACUCGUUCAGUUCUUUGCCAACGCCACUACAAGCAAUCCACCUCAAUCUAAAGCCUGCAGUAAUUUGACUGCCUGUGUCUUUAAGAAGAUUCCCUCCAAGGACGGGCAGUUUGACGUGAAGUUUCUACAAAACGCGCUGCGAGCGGACAAGCCAGCGUUGUGUCGCCUGUACAAUACUAUGUUUUCGUGUCUUGAGACGGCCGGCGAUGGGUGUGAAAAGAAACAGGACCUUGAGGCGGGCAAGCCAAAACUAGCCAAGAUCUGUGGAGAUCCUAAUACAGCAGAAUCAUUGACCAGCAGGACCAUGUUAAUCCACUUCGUAUCUGCGAUAGUCAUCAUCCUUCACAUGUAGGACAAACACAAAUGGACGCAAUUCACCUAUUUAAAGCUAACGGAUUGAUUUUGUUCUUGUGACAUUACAUGAAAAAACAAAUCCCAACCACAACAUAUUUCAUAGUCGAGCACUGUUGUGACGAUAUCGUGGGGACCACAUAAACAUAUCGAGUUAACCAAAUAUCGACUCAAACAUGUAAAA